AUGUCUUUCUCAGGGAUAUACCAGAUGGAGACACAUGAGAACUUUGAGUCUUUCAUGGAGGCUAUUGGUCUCCCUGAUGAGCUUAUCCAGGAGGGCAAAGACAUCAAGAGCAUCUCUGAGAUUGAGCAGACUGGAGACCACUUCAAGAUGACUGUCACCACGGGGACAAGGAUCCUCACCAACUCCUUCACCAUUGGCCAGGAGACGGAGCUCGAGUCGCCGACCGGGGAGAAAGUCACUAUCUAA